AUGGUCUCCACCUCAGCUUCUAUACGCAAAUCCGGCCAGAUCAUUGAACCCAAAGCAAGCGGAAUGGCGAGGUUUAGCGUCAGCAACGUUUUCGGCGAUCCUUUCGCCCUCGCGACCAUCUCCAUAUCGAUGCUAUUUAGUCUGGUCAGCGCUAAUGGCUCGCAGGUUGUUGGAUAUCUUGCCACGGGUCUCGUUCUCACCACUCUCGCUGUGAAUUCUUUGGUCUAUCAGCCGCAGGCCUCCAAACAGGCCGCCGCUGCGGGGUUUAUCCUCUUAUCCAUGGUUAUUAUUGUGUGGAUAUUCUACUUCGGCUCUACCCCGCAGGCUUCCCACCGCGGCUUCAUUGACUCGUUCGCACUCAACAAGGAGCAUGGAUCCUAUCACAACAGCAGACCGGUCUCCAACGCCUUUGGGUCUCGUGGUGACAACCAGCCGCCUCAGAUGUACACCUCUGCCCAGCUCAGCGGAUUUGAAACGUCAACCCCCGUGUCAGGCUACCCAGGCGGGGCAGCCGGGUCCGAUAAGCGUAACACAUCGCAAGCGGGCUUCGGAGCUGUCCAAGCUGGCAACAACAAUGGAAACGUUGGGGCGGAUGCCUCUGGCGAAAUCAGCCCGCCAACAGAAUAUCCCUACAGGGCGAAAGCCAUCUACUCAUAUGAUGCCAAUCCCGACGACGCGAACGAAAUCAGCUUUGUCAAGGGCGAGGAACUGGAAGUGUCGGAUGUCAGUGGUCGAUGGUGGCAGGCGCGGCGAGCAAACGGGGAGACUGGCAUUGCGCCGUCGAAUUACCUCAUCCUGCUAUGA